GUCAAUAUGCUUUGUUUAUUUAUAUUCAUUACUAUAAAUUAAAUAAUAAAACUUAAUUUUAAUGAAACUACCGAUUUUUCCAUAGUUUUAACUUAGAAGAUGAGUUCUAUUUUGUUAUUAAAAUCAAUGUUAAUUGCAAGUGUUUUGCAAAAGACGCAAAAGCAGAAAAAAAAGAUAAAGGCUAAAAAAUCCCCUGUAGUAAAAGCCAUAUACUCAAAAAUGUGUCGAGUGUGCAAUAAGGAAGUUGGAACUAUUCCAAUUUUCAAAAACAGUUCACAUCCAAACAUAGCAAAAGAAAUUGAGAACUUUGCAGGAGUAACGAUAAACAAAAAAGACAAAUUACCAAAGCAUAUAUGUCAAAAAUGUUUAGAUUUAUUGAAUGGAUGCAUUACUUUCCGGGAAAUGUGCCAAAGGACCAACAAGCAGAUGAUAGAACUUUCCAUUAAAAAAGAAACUGAAAUAACUAGUAAUUAUGAAGCAGACACUGUAGCACUACCAGAGAGUGAUGAAUCAUAUAAUGUACCUUCUCCAGCCUUUUCAGAAGACAAUUCGGAAAUUUGGGGAUGUACAGUAUGCAACAAACAUUUUUCUAAUUUGGAUUCAUACAAUACUCACUUGUCUGAGUGCAUGGAAAAUACACAGAACUGCAAUAAAAGAAAGAGACCUAAAGAAAAAAGUAAAAAUGAAUUUCUCUGUGAUAUUUGUGGGAAGGUUACUCGAUCCAAUGCAAAUCUUAUAGUCCAUAUGAGUAUCCACGAGAAUAUCUUUCCGUUCAAAUGCGAGCAGUGUCCAUACAUGGGCCGCACAAUGGACCUGCUGAAGGUGCACAAGAGAUCUCACUUGACCGACAAGCCGUUCAAGUGUACACAGUGUCCCAAGUCUACCUCCAGCUCUAGCAACCUCGCCAAACAUAUGAGGCAUGUGCAUAGUACAGCCAGAGAUUUUAAGUGUUCUUAUUGUGACAAGGCGUUCAUAUUUCGAUACGACAUGAAGAAACAUGUACGGGACAUACAUUUGCGACAAGGCACCGUUGAAUGCGACCUUUGUUUUAAGAAGUUCAACACAAAGAAAAUAUUACAAGGACAUCGGGUGAAGGUGCAUAAGAUCAAGGGAGAUAGGCACGGCCGCCUGCCCUCCUAUCUGCAAUGUCAACUGGAACAAAACCAAAAUGGCAAUAGCCAGUGGGAGAGACUUAAUAACUGUGAACCCUUAUAGUGUAUUUAGUGUCUAGUGGUAGAUUUGAGUUUAUUUGAGCCACAACUUUUCAAUCUUAUCCCCCCCUUCACCAUUUUACCACCGAACCGCAAGACGUCGGAAGAGUUUCCAUCCUUAUGUCCUCGACAUUCCACCUACACGCACGAAUUAUUUUGCGUCAUCAUUCCUCAUACUCAUGGCUAAGGUUUGGAAUACUCUUCCGCGACCUGUGUUUCCUUCCAAUUACAAUCCGAGUACACUUUUAAAACAAGAGUGACUAGUCAUCUUCUAGGUAAACGCCUCCCAUCUUAGUCCGCAUCAUCACUUUCCAUCAGGUGUGAUUGUGGUCAAGCGCUUGCCUAUAAAAAACCAAUAGCAAUACCACACAGUGUACCCAAGAACUUUUUGACUUGGU